CUGCUAUCCACUACAAGACUACACAUACAUUGGCUCUACUUCUACAGUCGACAAAGUCUACAUCAACAAUAAUGGAGACGAUCAAUGUUCGCCAGGAGUGAUGCAGUGGAAUGAUAUCUUGUGGUUCUGUCACGAGUACAACGUCGCUGAUAUUAAUGUUUAAGUGACGUCUUACUGCUGACCGAUGAGGCAAAACGUUUUGUUUGCCUGUAUGUUCUGUGCUCUGUUCAUUGGAACAAACUUUGCCAACAAGUAUGUUCUGUCGGUCCUGAAGUUCACGUAUCCGACCAUAUUCCAAGGAUGGCAGACCUUUGUGGGCGUGGUCAUGUUCCGGGCCCUACUCUCCACCGGUCACAUCGAUGGCUUGCUGCACGGGAAAGAGUGGCACGAAUGUGCCCUCUGGCUGCCGGGCAUGAUGUGCUUCCUCCUGUCCAUCUACUCAGGGUCCAGAGCCUUGGCCAACUUGCCCAUUCCAGUGUUUUUUGUCAUGCAAAACAUUGUCCUUGUCUUCAAAGCCACGGCUGAGUUACUGUUUCAUGGACAGAUCACAAGUGUGUACAGUUACUUCAUGUUGAUGAUCUCCCUUUGUUCUGCCUUGGCUGUGGCUAAGACUGACCCUCAGUUUGAGCCAGAGGGCUAUUGGUGGAUGUGUGUACAUAUAGUCAGCAUCGGAGUGUUUGAAAUUUAUACAAAUCUAAUGAGAGGAAGGUUGAAGCUGAGGUAA